UACAGCUCUGUCAUGCGUUUGUCAUCACAACCAACGCAUGUCAAUGCUUAGCAGGAGGUUCUAGGUGAGCAGGUGGCCAAUUGUACUGCGUAUGUCGCAAUGUUUGGUCGAUGCAGACGGUGUAAUGGCUUGAUCCAUGCGAUCAUGUUGAAUAUUUGUGCGGUGACCGGAUGUCCGACCAGUACUUAACAGUAUAAAGCCCGAGGGUCAAUGGCUGUCAUGACCCAUUGACUUGCCUACAGCAACUCAUCAUUUCUACGACUAGUUACGAUGCUUCACAACGUUUUCGCUGCCUGUGCCCUUCUGGCUUCUGUCGCCAGUGCACUUCCUCAGUACCCUGCGGCCGUUUAUGACAAGGUUGCCCGUGGCUUCGAUUACAAAUCUGCAGCUCUGACCUAUGUCGGGAAACAAUGGGGUGUCGUUCCCUCCUAUUCUCUUCAGUUCCAGUCAGUCGUGGAGGGAACGGACACGACAUCUGCUUUGCUGCGCCAAGCGCAAAACGGUGUCGCUAUUGAUAACACCUAUGCCACCGUAGUCUUCGAUCAAUCCUACAAGAUCAUUGAUUUCGAAGGCAAGAAGGCAGACUUCACCUACGUCUACAACAACCUGCCCUCUAUCAGUCUUGACGCCGCUAUCGCUGCAGGAGAGCAGGCUUUGCCUGGAGCGACGUACACCGGAACCUGGAACAACGACUUCGCAUACCUCGCGGUCCCUGGUGCUGCUCCUGGCACCCGUGACACCGGGCUUGUCUUCAACUAUGUCAUUGGGUUCAAGGACAACAAGACGGGUGUGGUGAAUAAAGCUUAUGUCGACGCGCUCACGGCACAAGUCAGACAAAUUUAAUAAUGGAGACCGAUUGACGAAUUCUUGUAUGCAAUGCUACUUUUCAUAACUCGUUGUAGCUGUAGUACAUAACCAUCAUGACUAAAUCGAAUCUGUUGUUUUACAAACU